UAGCUAAUAAGUAAAUUCUGCAGCAAUAAUCAAACUUUGAAAAUUACAACACACACGAUGUUUUCAUAUGAUAAAUGCUUCGAGCAGUGUCUGUACAGUUAGUGAUUCCUUAUCUUUCACUUUUGGGUCACAAUUUUAAAGACCGCAGCUAUGCAGGCUUUAGGGUUUAUAGUGCUCAGUGUUACCCUCGGACAUUCAUUUGGGUUUUUCUUGGAUGAACAAAAGAAGGUUUGUUAUGGAGACCUUGGUUGUUUUGCCAUUGAUGAUCCUUUCGACAAUACCUUAGGAUAUCUUCCGCAAUCACCGGAGUCCAUACAGUUUAGUUUGACUCUCUUUACAAGAACAAGCUCGAGGAAUGGUGUAAGGAUAGGAUACAAUGACACUGCCUCCGUGUCUAAGUCCAGUUUCAACUCCAAUAAUCCAACUAAAAUCAUCAUACAUGGCUACAUGAGCAACGCAAAUGAACCAUGGGUUCAAAAUAUUUCACAACUGUUUUUGAAAAAGGAAGACUGUAACGUUGUAACCGUUCAAUGGAGGAACGGUGCCAACAAGGUUUACCCGGCCUCUGCCGCCAAUACACGAGUGGUUGGAGCAGCGGUGGCAAAGUUUUUGGAAAUGAUUCGAGAAAAACACGGAGCCAAAAUGGAGAACGUCCAUGUUAUCGGUCACAGUCUCGGUGCUCAAACUUCCGGUUAUAUAGGACAACGUACACCAAACCUCGGCAGAAUCACAGGACUGGACCCGGCGGGACCAUUGUUUGAGCGCUAUGCUGAGGAGGUUCGGUUGGAUCCUAGCGACGCAAAAUUUGUAGACGUUAUUCAUUCUGAUGCACUUCCAAUCGAAGAUGCAGGAGUAGGAACAAGGAAGCCAUGUGGACACAUUGACUUCUUCCCCAAUGGCGGGGGUCAUCAGCCAGGCUGUCCACCACCUUAUAAAACCAGCCUGGAGGAUCUUCUGUCCUUAAGAUUCACUGCCGCAUUCACAUCAAUCUCAUGCAGUCAUUCUCGAUCGUACUUUUAUUUUGCGGAAUCUCUUGUCAAAGAACCCAAUUGUCAAUUCACUGCUUACCCCUGCGAUACCUACAACGAUUUUGUGAAGGGCACCUGCAAUGUCUGCGGGGAUUCUCCUUGUCCUGUGAUGGGCGAUGAUGCCAUAAAAUACAGUUCCAGGCGAGGCAGUUAUUACUUAAUAACAAACGGGCAAAAUCCAUUCUGCAAAAAUUCCUGAAGAGGACCUUGCAUUGAUUCACCUACACUACCACAAUAAAAUCUAUACGAAAGAAAAACGUAUCUUAUACUUUACAUUUUAUUUCCCGUUGACCGAAUUUUAUUCCAUUCCUGAGUUCAAAGAAAAAUUAGAUACAAGCCAUACCCCUAACACC